UACGUACAUUUUUUUAUACCCAAAAAAUGACUUUUAUUUCAUCUGUCAUCGUUUUAAAUGUUUCUAUCAUUUUAUUGAUGUUAAUUGCAUUUUCCAAUAUUACGUUUGUGUAUCAAAUACAGUCUUUAGAAUUGUAUCAACUUGCAAACUUAGAUGAUCCAGAUUAUGAAACAUAUUUGUUACAACCAAAGGCACAAUAUGAAAAAAAAUUGAAUAUUCAAGAAUAUUUUAGAUCAAUAAACAAAUUUAAACUGUCAGGUGAGAAAACUUGGAAUGCCCGACUUCAAAAUACUGGAAAUUCCUUUGAAGAGUAUUAUACUAAGACAUUUAAGAAUACGAUUGAAAAACUAACAGAGUGCUGUAAGGGUAAAUGUUCCGAAAACGUUUGCUCGGCCGAAUAUCAACUUCAAAAUAUUUUAGAUAUCGUACAUUCAAAUUCUAAUAACGACUAUAAUCCAGUGGUUCCUAGUGGUUGUGCAAGUUGUUUAUUUAAUUUGAAAAAACUAUUUAAGAAUAAUCCUGAGGUAAUUCUCAACAAAAAAAUUGGAGCCAUUGGUACGUAA